AUAAACACCAGCCAAGAUGUCGCCGGAAAAGCUGUUCUUCCACAUGAAGCUCCUUCUCUGCCUGGUCAUCGUGGCCAGCGAGGGCAAGAAGCGGAAGAACCGUAACCGGAAUCCGGAGGCAGCGGCGCAGUCGCAACCGGCCCUCGGCCCCGAAUUCAACAUGUGUGACAUCCAGACGCCGGAGGUCAUCUACUGCUACUGCGAUGUCCUUGACCCAGAUCAGGCCGAAGAGGGCAACUGUUGGAUCUUCAAUGACACUGGCGAACACCAGUACAUCUGGGAAGGCUUCAUGUCACAGACGAAAAUUAAGAGGUUGACGCUGCACCUCCGACCAGACGGUACCCUGGCCACCAUCCCCACGGUCGCCUUCCAUCACCUGCCCAACCUGGAAAUGUUUGAGGUCCAGUACGCGACCUUCAAGUCCGUCCAUCCAUACAGCUUCGCCAAUUCCACAACGCUGACGAAAGUCUCCCUGUCGAGGAAUUCCAUCUUGUUCCUGGCUCGGAACUCCUUCACCCAUUUGCCGGCUCUCGACACCCUGUCCCUUGGGGAGAAUCACAUCACCGAGGUCAACCGUCACGUCUUCGUCGACCUUCCGAGGUUGACCAAGCUCUACAUGGACAGAAACAACAUCACAAUUGUCCACGACCGAGCUUUCCAGGGACUCCACAAUCUGGUUGAACUGGAACUCUUCUCCAACCAAAUUCAGGUGAUUACUCCAGACACGUUCAAGGGGCUUCGUUCUCUCGAGCGCCUUGACCUCCACAAGAAUCGAAUCGAGGUCAUUGGCGACCUGACCUUCCAGGAUUUGAAUUCUCUCCGCAUUUUGGACCUCCAGGAGAAUUCCCUCAAAUACAUCUCUCCCAAGGGCUUCGUUGGGCUCAACAACCUGGAGAGACUGAACUUUCAGGACAACAAGCUGUUGUCCAUAGGUUCGGAAGUGUUCAAGCCUGCGCCCAACAUUAAUCACCUUGACAUUCGUGCCAACGUCCUGGAGACGCUCACCCUCGAGACCAUGCAGCCACUGAUGGAGAGCCUCAACAACCACACAACACUCUUCUUCUUGGAAGGGAACAACUUCAGGUGUGACACUCGACUGAAGUGGAUGUUCGGUCUCCGCAACACCACCCGAAGCACCUCCGUUCGGAUGAACCUCGAGGCCGUCAUCUGCUACUUGGAGAUCGGGACUCUUCCUCCAAGACUUGAUGACCAGACAGUGACUCCAGCUUACGAAACCACCACACUUGGCAUCGGUCCCAUGACGAAGCUGUUUGCCUUGAGGGAGUCCGAACUGCCCGAUCCGAUGCGAUACCUGCAGACUGCUGACCCAGACUGCGACGACGAAGAAGAAGGAGGCGGCGACGACGGAUCUGACCUCGCAGAGGACGGAGAGGGAGGCAGGAGGCGUGGCCGAGGAAGAGGACGCGGCCGCAAGAAGGCCGAGAGGAACAAGACGCAGAAUGACAUGGCGGCUCCCAUGGACGAGAACUCAGUCCUCGACGAAGGAGGCAGGAGCCUGGGACAUCCCCCGGCUCCUGUGCAGGAGGAAUCUCGCUCCUUCGACAGUGGUGCUGCUCCCAUGACUCCUUCAUCCCCGUCUGGUUCCUUAGUCCUUGUGCUGACCUUGCUCCUGGCUUUCCUACAGCAGCACGCGGCACCGCACUGAGCUCGAGUGAAGGGAACACUCUUCACUCAAGGCUUUCAAUAUCUACAAUUGCCUUUUCUCGUUCAAACUGUUAAGCAGUCGUUUGAACAGCUUUAAUUCAUGUAAGUUAUUUUGAUUAAACUUUCCAAUCAUUCGCAUUGGCUUCGUUGAAAAAUGGAAAAUCUGUCAGUUCAAUGCCUUCCUGUAGCUUGUUUUCUUUGACGUGCCAAAAUACUGUAUGCAAUGCUGCAGAAAACGUAAUGUACAGCCUCACCCAGAAUAUCCUGCACUCGUACAGUGAGACACCUGUGUGCUUCGGCCAUACUUAAAGUGUUUUGUAUUCUCAGUCCCUUCAAAAACGAAAACAAAAAAUUCUUGGUCGUUCCUUUAUUUAUUAUAUUUUUAGAAUGCGAACUAAAUGUGAACUAUAAUGCUCGCAUGUUAAACGCCUCCCAUCCCAGACGUUUGGUGCCAUGUUGGCACUGAUCUUUGGACUGUGAAAGUUGAUGCCGUCAAAUUGGGUAAUCUGAUAUCGGUGACAUAUCUGAAAAGGAAGCCCCAAGAUCUUGUAUAAGAACCUAACGAUAGUGUCCUUAUGACAAAUCCAGAUGUACAUAGCGCAGACUAGUUAGCCCUUUCCUUAUUUUUAAAAGGCAUUGCAGUAGUUUAAUGUAAAGAACUGGAACUCAUUAUCCUCUAUGUACGCAGCAAGUGAGCUAUAGGCCUAUAUAUAUAUUUUCAUACCUCAUCCACUGCAAGCUGUAGUGAAGCCUUUUUUAAGCUGGUUACUGUUCGUAUCUCAACAUUCAGCCGUUUUCCAAUCACAUUUUGGUUAAUGAAAUACGUAUAAUAAUUUUGACUGACAAAUUGUGUGACGUGCAAUUCCCCCAAAGGUCUCGAAAGCAGACUCGCCUUUGUAUUUGAAAUAUUGUAAAAUAUAAAUACUCCAUUUUUUUUAUCAGGAGUGUGUUGUUUUGUUAAGCCUUGUGUCAGACAAGUUAAAGAUACUUUGAGGUAGAAGAAAAGAUAAAAAGUAGACAUCACAAGGUGCACAUGCUUUGUUUAUCGUUCUCUCAGUAUUAUUAGUACUUUGUUUCGAUGAAGUGGGAUUUGUACUUCCCCAUUUUUCAGUGGAUGAAUCAGUGUUCGAGGUAUUUCUGUUGAAGAUCAAGAUAAAGUAAGAUACUCUAGUAUUCGCACCAUAGAUUUUAUAUGUCUAAUCAUUGUAUUUCCGGUUACUUUAGUGACUUUUAGUGAAUAUUCUUUGAUGGUGCAAUGUCAAGUUAAUACAGUACCCAUGGAUGUGGGCUGCUAAAAAAAAAAAAAAAAAUAAAAAUUGUGGAGAUCAUGAUGAUAUUACUGAAAAUUGUUCGGAGCCAUUUUUCCAAAUUUCUUUCUUUGACGAAAUUCUGGAGAGUUGAAAAUAUUUAAGCCACGAUAAAAGGACAUAAGCUUUUGAAGCUUAGACCUGAUAAUAUUGUAUUUUGUCCACCUCUGCUGUGGAUUCAUGGUUACCAUGAUACUCCACAACCUCAGGUUUGAUGUUCACUGCCUUUUGUUUCGUUUAUUUUGCCUUCCUUUUUAUUAUCGCUUAGUGUAACUCGUGUAAUUAUUAUUGUUGUCUUUUAGGACUUCAUUUUUUUAUAUUAGAGUUCUUGACUAGACUCCUUAAGGCAUGGUGUCAUAAUGUCACUGUUAUGUCAUCUGUGAAACUGUCUCCAAGCAACUGCUUUGGUCGGUUGAUUGAAAAUUUUCUGACACUCAAAACAAGUCUGUCACGUAGUACUCAUUCCUGUCAACUCGGUGGACAGUUUCAGUCACGUGACCUUGACAUUAUCACCAUUAGUAUUCUCUGGUUGAAACAAGUCUAUUUACAAUAAGCCCUUCAUUUUGAUGCACCACUAAAAGACGAAGAAAUCAAAAAAACAUUUUUUCCAGACUCUCAUGGCAUUGUCUUCGUUUCAUUAAGUUCCAUUAAUGUGCCUAGGUCAUAAGGAGCUUUUUUUUUCUGGGAUGAUCCACAUCUAUGGGAAAAACUGUAUUAUGUACAGAAAAAUUUCAAUGGUAGAGCUUAGAAAUUAUAAAGAAAACUAAAACUGGAAGCAAUAAACCAUAAACUGUAUUUAUUUUUAUGAAAACAAACAAAAAAAAAUAUAGAAAUCUUUCCUGGACAAGCAAAGGCGCCGUCACGCGACCACGUUUCUUGCACCAUUUAGCAUCUAGUUGUGAAAACCAAACUAGUCCGUGUAGUAUAUCACUGCAUUGGUAUGAACCAUCAUCUGAAAGCGCGAAGUCAAUGUUGCCACCAGAUUUGGCGCCAGUUUGCGCCGACUGGCGGCAAGAAGGAUGCUAAAGGAUGCCGGAAAAACUGCUCGUGUCACGUAGCCUGGAUUGUCCCUGACCGAGAUCCUCAAAGGAGCUUAUAAUAAUCUUGUCUUUUUUUAGCUUUCGACGCCAUAUGUGAUUGUGAGAGUUUUAGUAAUUCCGUGACGUGGAAAGAUGAAAUUUCAGUUUCUUCCAGUCGCUACUUUUUGUUUGUCUCGUGUAAAUACUUCGCUUCAAAGAAUGAGAACUUCUACAAUUAUUAAAACUCACAUACAGAUUUAGCGUGAGAGUCACGUACGACAGGUACUAAUUAGUUAGAAAUGAUUAACGAUGAAAAUCGGCACAUUCUGGUUUCUUCACUGUAGAUAACAGGUAUAAUGACAUUAUAUAAAGUUGCCUACUGUUAGCUGUGAGAUGAGAAUGAAUGGUCUUGAGACGACUUUAUGAUCAAUUACGUAUGUCAGUAAUAGCGGUGCCCCAGAGUGCUCCUUUUUUUCUGGAACCUUCCGUCAUCAUUCUGCGAAAUUUUGCUGAAAUAGCCAACGUUUUGUUCCAUUAUGCCAACAAUUUUGGCCACUCGGCUCAGAUUUGCCUCCAGUAUGUUGGAAGGUGUCAGAAAACGUACUGCACUUGGCGACGCUGCCUAACUAAGCCUGUGCAUACAACUACAUUCAAAGCAACUUUUAUUUUGUAUGAAUUUCAAGUGCUAUUCCAACCGUGAUCAUUGAAAAAACUUUGUAUAAUUAUGGUGGUCAUCUGUUCAAGAAUUGUUUUGUUUAGUUCAGACUAAAAAGUAAAAGGUGGAAUUUAAUAUAAUCAAUUGUGAACUCCAGUAAAAGAUUAAACAUUCGAUAUGAUGAAGAGAUUACGUAGGUUAAUAGAUAUAAUACUUCAUAUCGAAAAAAAUAACUAAUAGGAAUUCAUUGAAAUUAACAAUCAGGGAUUCAUAUAGCUUAUUUCGUCUUUAAAAUCCCUUACUUCGUAAACGCAGAUAAUGAUGCAUUAUAAGUCAACCUUAAGAACUCCUUUUAACAGCCUCAGCCCUUUCAUGAGCAGUUUUUUCCUCUCUCCCUUUGCUUAAUUUAAAUUUAAAAUCGGCAUAAAUAAACAGCGCGCAUGCGCCUGGGAUAUCUAACAUGUCCCCUCUGCGCCGCUAAAGCUUCUCGGAAGAAAACACAUCGUGCACCGAGGAGGUUUUAAUUAGCAAAUAUUAAAAACCAAAGUGAGCUUUGCUAUUAUCUCAGUUUUCGCAAACGGUGUGUCUGACUACUAGCCACCCUCUGCAACAUGCUUCUCUCUCUCUCUCUCUCUCUCUCUCUCUCUCUCUCUCUCUCUCUCUCUCUCUCUCUCUCUCUCUCUCUCUCUCUCUGACCUGAGUUCUGCGGUUUGUUAGUGAUAGUCAUCUGGCUAGGAUUGAAUGUAAUAGCGCAGAUGAAUAUAUUGUGUACAAAUCAUCUCUAUUGUUUAAUAAAAGACCGUCGUGAA